AUGGCCCAGUGUGUGAGUCUGCUGGUCUUUCUCCAUGGAGUUCUUACACUUCAGAUGAAAGGGGUGCUUGGUUUGUCAGAUGAGAGCAGUGACAGCAGUCCUGGGUACAGAAAAAGCUACUACAUCUUUCAGAUGCUGCAAAUUCAAAGACUGAAAGGGAAACCAGAGAAUGCUUUUGACAGGAAGGCAGCCGACUUGCUAGCUAUGCGGACUUCCAGUGUGUUUGGAGUGCCAGAUAUAAUUAGACCAACUGUCAACACGGCAGCAUGCUUCCAGCUUCCGCCAGUGCCUGUCAUUCCUAGACAAAGUGCACCCGCUCGGACUCCUCCCAUCCUGGGGAACACAGCUCUGAGCGGGCCUGUCCUCACACUCGCUACCCAGCCCAAGGUAUCGGACAGAAAUGGAGUGACCUCUGUACCUGGGAGCCUGGGGACCUACUUUAGCGUGUCAGCCAGGUUUUCCCCAAUACCCCAAGUUCUGACUACUCCAGGAUUGCCCACAAAGGGAGCACUUCACAGCACCAGCUUCCCCACUUCCUUCACAACUAAGGAGCCCCGAGGAGACAUAACGACUGACAGAGACUCACUCCAAGAUUUUAGUGGUGUCAUGUGUGCAGCAAAUGAAAUGAAGGAAUUAGAACCGACUCAAACGGAGGAGGCACUGGGAGUCAGUGACGAACCAGACAACUGUCCUGACCUCAUGGCGCUUCCAGGAAGAGAGACACAAACAAACAAAGAUCUGUGGACAGUGCGUGGUGCUAUGAAGUGGAUGAAGCAGUGUGAUAGGCUGGAGGCUGCUGGGGGGGUGGGUGGCAGGCUCAUCUCCCCGUCCCUGGCUCAUUCCCACCCCAUCUUGUCUCUGCUUCAUUCUGCUCUGCCGAUGAACCUUCUGCACCUCUUGGUCUCCCACAGUUCACAGCUUCCUGGUUUAGGAACCUGA